CCUUGAAAACAGCAUCCAACCUAGAGCGUGAAAUACCGAAGAAAUAUAAGUCCAGACAAUAUCUCCCACUAUUAUAGCUUUACAUCAUUCGAUAUACUAAAGAACCGGAUUUUGAAGUACCUUAGUAGUUACCAUUCUAUAUUGAUCAAAUAAAUCUAGUGUAUUUUGUUCAUAAAAAUGUUCUUUUGGAUCAUUUGGUUUUUUCUAACAACAAAUUUUACCAUACUUCUCGCCAAUUAUGAUGUGAAUCCGGACAUCCCUUUAGAGAAUACAGAAGAGUAUUUGAAAAGAUACGCGAAUAUUAUUGAAAAAGAUAAUCAUCAAAAAGUCAGAUCCCGACGACAGACUAAUGGGGAUGAUCUCCAAGGAUUUCCAGGACCUACUGUAGAUUUUAGCGAUAACCAAAAUGCAAUGUGGAAUUUUGGCGAAGACGACGAUAUCCUAGUAUUUGAUAAUGAUAAUUUAAAUUCAAGGAGACCCUCAACAGUCACUAGACAAAUUUCUUUCGAACCAGGUGUUUCAGAUCUUCAAGACAUAAUUCCACCACCAUCUAUGCCUAAUACCGGUACUAGAGGUCCAAGUUGCGAAGAAAGAUGUCCAUCCACACAAGAGUAUAAUCCAGUUUGUGGGGAUGAUAAUGUAACAUAUCCAAAUAUUGGAAAACUUCAGUGUGCUGUUAGAUGUGGUAGAAGAGUUACUCUUCAAUUCAGAGGAGGAUGCCUCACACGAGCACGAGGAAAAUGAAUAUAAGUAGAAAAUGUUUCAUAUAAAUCGUCUAAUUUCA